AUGAAAUUAAGAAAUCCUGGAACAGUUGCUAACAUCAAAUGGACCGCUGACAAUAAGUUUAAAUAUGCUUUUUUCGCGUAUGGAGCAUCAAUUGAGGGUUGGAAACACUGCAGACCAGUAGUGAUGGUGGAUGCAACCUUCUUGAAAUCAAAAUACCGCGGUGUGCUCAUGAUAGCAGUAGCAAAAGAUGGAAACAACAGCAUAUUUCCUCUCGCAUUUGGUAUUGCUGACUCUGAGAAUAAUGAAUCCUACAGGUGGUUCUUCAGACACGUGAAAAAGGUGUUUGGCACGCGCAAAGACCUAUUAAUUCUUUCCGAUCGCCACUCGUCAAUUGCAACUGCAAUCAAAGAACUGUAUCCAAAUACCCAGCAUGGAAUAUGCAUCUACCACAUGGAGAAGAACUUGCAGAAAUAUUUCCCAUCCGAAGCGAUCCUAUCACUGUUCUACAAUGCAGCAACUACCUACAAACAGGCAGAGUUUCGUACCUAUAUGUCACAGAUACAACAAAUCGACCCAAAAGCUGCAGAAUACAUAGAAGAAGAACCACCAGAAAGAUGGGCACGUUCAUUCCACACCAACAGGCGUUACAACAUGCUCACAACAAACAAUGUCGAGACAAUGAAUUAUGUAUUGAGGAAAGCAAGGGAGUUGCCAAUAAUGGCAUGUAUUGAUUACAUCCAGAACAAGCUGCAAAAUUAG